UUUGCAGUUAAUAGCUUAGAUUGCCAUGGCUUCAAAGCCCUCUGUUCAAGUUCAGAAUAAGUCUGAAGAGGAGCAUCAUGUCCAAUUCAAUGAUGAUGCCUUUCACACAGAUGAUCUGAAGAUUAUCAAAUCCACUGCUAGCAAGUUUGUCCUUCACAUAGGAUUUUUGAAGCUACAACAUCGCUAUGAAAUGAAGUUCGAAUUCCCAGACCUUGAACUUUCAGAACAGCUAGAACAGGACCCCAGUCAAUAUGCACGCCUUCUAUCUGUACAAAAGAAACCUGAUAACAGUGCUGAGAUGAUCUUUGAGUAUUUCGCUCACAAAGAAGGCCUAAAUCGGGAUGCUAUAUGCCUCCGGGACCCCAGCCACCCAGAUAUUGGUGCAAUUCACAUAGAAUUUCAUUCCAGAGUCCUCAGUCACAAGAAGGGGACUCCCAUGUUGAAGAAUGGCAUUCGCUGCAUUGCCAAUGAGAGAGAGGAAGAGUCAGAGGCAUCUGAUUGGCCAGGUUUUGAACACUGAAUUGAGAAUGGAGUGACUUCAGACUUGCCAGUGGCUGAAGCAUCUGCCUUAUUACCCAUAGCCCUACAUUCUCUUAGGUAUAGCUUACCAAACCUUGUCAGCAUGCUGUUGUGCUGGUGACUGUGGCAAUUGUCACUUGGUUGGUUCAUCCUUGCUCAAUUUACACCUUACAUUUAUCAUAGAUCACCCAUAGAAAUGGUGCACGUUUAUAGAUGAGAAUGUCCUCUGAUUUAAAAAAAAUGCUUUUGUUGAAAUAACAAUGUGAUUGAAAUACCACCUUCUAUAAUCGAUCUUCAAACAGGAGUUUCAGAUGUGAUGAUCAUUCUUGAGUACAGUGAGACUAAGACUUCAGGAUUCAUUGGUAUUGAAAAUCUCUUUAUUCCUUCAUGCCAUUUAGCCCCAUUCCAUUUUAUGCUUUCUGAAAUCAGGAUCAACUUUGUCUUGAUGCAUUUAAUUCCAUGGGCUCUGAAAUUUUGGUAAGCUCAUUUUUCAAGUCAUGGCACUUUGUAGCCAAAGUAUCUCUUGCAGGUUUAUUACACAGUUUAAAUUGCAUUUAUACUGAGUAGUGGCUUUUCUUCCUUAUUUGACAAUUCUUCAUACCUUUCAACCUUCAUACCCUUGCUAUUAUACCAGUUAUAUCUACUAACUUGCAGCACAUAAAUACACCAUUUGUGAUACCACAAAUGGAGGGUGUAUUUAUGUACUUUUAUCAUACUUUUCUUGUUUUGUACUGCAUGUUUGCAUGCUGGAUCCUCUCCUUCUGACACCUGAAAUGAGCUCAUUUCAAGUCAAAAUUCAUCCUAAAAGUCCUAUUUAAAUCUUAUUUUGAGGAAAACUGCCUUAUUCUCAUUGUGCUCGCCAUUACAUAAUAGCAUUUUCCACAGGGAUUUUCUGAACCUCAUAUCUGAAUAAUUCUGAGUUGUAGGAUUUUUAGAGACAAUAUAAAUUAACAAGCAGAAUAUUGAUUGGGCACGAGUGAUUUGAGUGGUUCUUGUUCAUGGCAGUGUCACUCUCAGCAUUUCUCUGCUUACAAUUCUCAUUUCAAUAAAAUAUUAGAAUAUAUUCUUUAAAUUGGAUUUGGCUUUUUUAUUAUACAACUAUUGUCUUUAUAAUUAAAGUAGGGGGGCAGGAAAUCUGCAGAACCUUCCUAGCUUUGCACUGUACUGAGUAUUGAAACCACACACCUACUGCAACUAUGAACUAUGUGCACACAAGUAAGCAUGGUAUCUGUAAUAGGAAAAGUUUGCAUUCCUCUUUUGCCAUGUAUGCAAAUUCUAAAGUUGCUCUGAAACUGCUGUUGAAUAAUCCAUUCUUAUGGAGCCCAACCCUCAUUGAGAAUGAAGAAAAUACUGAAAUAGAGCCUAGAGAUAAGUUUGUGAGUCCAGGAAUCCAUCUCAAAGAUCCUAAAGAGAAAUGUAAUUACAAGGUCCCCAUUCUUCAGCUCAGUAUUUGAUAUGAUAUUCAUUUCCUUUGCUGUGCUGCAGCAACUGAAUAAUCUGGAGAUAAUAUUCCAUCCUGUUGAGGUCCAUCAUGAUAGUCCAAGAGGAAUCAAUUAGCUUUGGUUUUAUCACAUAUCAUGUACUUCUUCAAGUCUGUGUUGGCAAUAGGCUUCCUUCUGCCUCCAUCUUUAUUUCUGUGAUGAGGGAAAAAUGAACAGUCCCAAGCCAGUUCAAGUGAUUUUCUUUGCCAACAGUGCAAGCAUAGCAGGGAACUCUCCUCAUAAUGUGAUCCUUGAGGUACUUGUGAUCUCACACAUGAUGGUAGUGAAAUGUAGGUUGUUUUUUCCUGUUAAGUCUUUGGUUGCAUUACCAGAUGCCCUUCUCACGCAGCCCAUUGGAUAUCUGGCAUUAGGCUUUGUUAUUAAUAAAAAAUGAUAUUCCUUCCAUUUUAGAGCUACAGUAGACAAAGCCAUACCAGAAACAGACCUGUCCCCAUACUGGUGUUAUAUUCUUGGAAUGUUCUUUUGAUGUGGUCUUUUUGAAAUCCAAGAGCUUGAUUGUUGUGGAUGUUUUGAUGAAUUACUUAAUAAGAACAAUAAAAACCCAGAAACCAUGCAGUUACUACCAAUCAUGAACCUGAAGAUCUUUGCUGAUGCUGUUACCUGUCAUGUUCCUUCCAAUGAACACUAUUGAUUUUUUUUACAUGGAUUGCUAUUUUUUUGUCAUGAAUUCAGGUUUGUUCAUACUUGCCAUCUGCUCACUUUUUGAUGAUAAACAGCUGUCAUUUUCAGAUUUUUAAUAAAGGAAGC